AUGGAAACUACAACAACAGUACCAGUAGAACUUGGCUUUGCAGAACUUUCUGAAGUACCUUUAACAUCUGACAUAUUUCCAAGUAAAAUUGGAGGAAAACCAGUUAAUCAUGCAUGGCUAAAUCCUAAACAUAUAUUAUCAUUUGAACAAGUUAAAUGUGGUAUAUGUGAAAGACCAAUGAUACUGUUGGUUCAACUUUAUGCACCAGAAGAUCAAGAUCAACUACCAGAAGCAUUCCAUCGUAUGAUUUAUAUUUUUUGUUGUAAGGAUGGAUCAUGUCAUAAACAAGAUUGGCAUAAAUG